CAUUAAAUACUCUGAACCGCCGAAACAUCCGUUAAGUUACUUUGUUUUCGUUGAGUUUCGUCGGCGUUGUCGUUAGGCUUUUGGCGUAGGACGCAAAAUAAAUAGAUUGAGCGAGACAGUCGUAAGAAUGAGAGAAGUCGCUUUGGAGAAUUGGGACUGGGCUGUAAUGGAUAGGUCAGACGUCAAUGGACGGUGAGGCCGAGAGUACCGAGGGGGGUCCGGACACCCCACCCAACACGCCCGUGACACCCUCGUACAAGCCGGCGACCUGCAAGGAGCAACAGAGGCAUUGGAGGGACUCGGACAGGCUCGAGAGGCCCGACUCGCCUGAAUCAGCAGCCUGUCUAGGUCAGCAACACCAUCAACAGCGCCACCAUCAUCAUCCUCAUCCUCAUCAGCAUCAGCAUCAGCAUCAGCAUCAGCAUCAGCAUCAUCUAGACGAGCGGCACGAGUCCCACCACCAUCACCAUCAACAUCAGCAUCAGGCGAAUUGUGGCCAAGGCCAUAGCCAAAGCCAUCGGUAUCAUCAUCAUCAACAUCAUCAGCAUCAUCAGCAUCACGAUAAGAAAUCAUGCCCGGGCUCGCAGGGUGGCUGCGAGGGCCGAGCUUCGGGCGAUUCCUCCUCCAUGUAUUCGUGCUACCAGACGCACUGGUGCACGGCAUCCACCCCCUCGACACCUUCCCCGCGGCACAGUCCGAGUCCUCUCAGUCCCUCGAUCUCCUGCUCCCCGUCGUCGAGCUGUAGCAGCGACGAGGAGCUCGAACAGGAGCCGAGCAGGCCGAGGCCGAGGCGUCGCCGCCGACGACAGCGCCGCCCCCGACCAUUCCGGGCCCAGACCGCCAGCCCGGACUGCCCGCAGGACGACCGCAAUGACGACGACCCUGACGACGAAGACGAAGACCAACAAGCUGUCAGCAAACUGCCCAAUCCAGGUGAUCUGCCAACAUAUAUAACACGAUUUCAAUGGGACAUGGCCAAGUAUCCCAUCAAACAGUCAUUGAGAAAUAUAGCCGACAUUAUAAGUAAACAAGUGGGUCAAAUCGAUGCAGAUCUUAAAACGAAAUCGACUACUUACAACAAUCUCAAGGGCAGUCUGCAAAACCUCGAGAAGAAACAAACAGGAAGUUUAUUAACUCGAAAUUUAGCGGAUCUUGUAAAAAAAGAGCACUUUAUCCUCGAUAGCGAAUAUUUGACCACAUUACUCGUGAUUGUACCGAGAGCAAGCUUUCAAGAGUGGAAUGCCAUGUAUGAAAAGUUAACGGACAUGAUCGUACCACGAAGCUCACAGCUUAUAAUUCAAGAUCAGGAAUAUGGAUUGUUUACAGUGACUCUUUUUAAGAAAGUAAUUGAAGAAUUUAAGCUUCAUGCUCGCGAAAAAAAAUUCAUUGUACGUGAUUUCACGUACAACGAGGAAGAACUUGCUGCUGGAAAAAAUGAAAUGACCAAGCUCGUUACUGAUAAAAAGAAACAAUUUGGACCCCUCGUACGGUGGUUAAAAGUUAAUUUUAGCGAGUGCUUUUGCGCAUGGAUCCACGUUAAAGCUUUGCGUGUUUUUGUUGAAUCAGUUCUUAGGUACGGACUGCCUGUCAAUUUUCAAGCGAUUUUGCUGCGCCCGCACAAGAAAAGCACUAAACGAUUACGGGAUGUUUUAAAUCAACUUUACGCUCACCUGGAUUCAUCAGCGACUGCUGGCAGCUCGCAGUCUAGUAAUCAAGACAGUGUCGAUAUACCAGGGCUGGGCUUUGGUCAAAGCGACUACUUUCCUUAUGUCUACUAUAAAAUCAAUGUGGACAUGGUGGACAAUAAAGUUUAAUUUAAUUUGUGGAAUUCAUUGUACAUUUAGCGCACACUUGACAUCUUGGCUCAUCCGGUUGCAUAUUUGCUACUAUUUUAAAAACUAGCCGAAUACCACCACUCAAACGAUUCAAAACGCUUUUUAAUUAAGUCAAAAAUACUGUCUCAACAUUCUCUUACCGAUGAAACUUUUAUUGAUGUCGUUCCAAAUGCAUGGGCGUCUCAAAUUUUAAAAGCAAUUUUAUCCAGCUUUCAUGUGCGAGUCUUUGUUAAGUAUUGAGAAUAAUAUUUUUAUAGCAAUUUCUGAGGAAACGAAUUCAAUAAAAUACUGAAUUCUCACGUGAUGCAUGGUGAAUUUCGAGUGAUAGAUUAAUCUGGUGGAAAAAUCUCUGAUGUAAAAGCUUCGCUGUAGUAUUCUUUUUACAUAAUAACCUCGGUUCUCUCAUUUUCUUUUGUUAUUACAAAUAAAGUAUUGUAAAGGAAUACAGAUCCUAAUGGCUUAUUUGUAUUUUUUCUUUCUGACAUAUACACACACAUGCACGCAUAAUUGUAUGUAUGUAGGUAUGCAGUUAGUAAGAAUACUUGAGAUAUUUUUCACCAGACAGUUCUUGUACAUAAUUUUAGUACAAGUUUUAUUAAGUUUGACUUGUACGCCUUGCUCUAGUUUGAUUAUGUGCACAUGUUUCAUCAAAGGCUCCACAUAUUUGUCUAAUAUAAAAAUAUAAAUUAUGAAAAUGUACAAUUUGUAAUAAAUGACAAACAAUGUUCAGAUAUUUUUAAGUGUGCAAAGGAAAUAUUAAAAUUUUGCUUGAAACUUAGGAGCUUGAAGAACAUGUACUAGAAAAUGUUUAUUUGAGAGUCGUUGCAACGCCUGUCUUUAUAUUGUAUGAAAAUAUUGCAACGGAUUUCUUUAAUUGCUGUGUACAAAAUUGAAAAAUCAUGAAAACAGUUUUGAAGCCUUUUAAGAUAUUUCAAAAGUAUUCAAAAAGUAGAUAA